AUGGGGGGCACGGGGCGUCUCAAAGUCGCGCACCUCAACAUUAGAUCCCUCAAUACAGGGUUUGAGGAAAUGUGCUCAUUUGUGCGUGACUUUGACUUUGAUGCAAUUGGGAUAUCUGAGACAUGGCUUCACCCCGGCACCCCAUCAGACAAUUAUCAGAUGACUGGGUACACACUUCUGCGAUGUGAUCGGCGUGCUGACUUACACGGCAUUGCAGACGCGGUGACAGGUGGUGGCGUUGCCUUGUAUAUUAAGGAGGGAAUCUCCUUCGAGCAGCACACACUUACUGAGGAUGUGGGCCCUGGUAUCGAGUCUCUUUGUGUUGUCCUGAGGAUAAGGGGAGUAAGGCUUGGUUUAUGUGUGGUAUACAGGCCACCACAUGUAAGAAUCAGUUCUACUUACAGAAGGAGAAUAGAGGCGAGUCGUAGGGAGCUCAGGAGACAGGUACGCCGUGAUCCGGGAGUUUUCGCGGUUCUGAGGUACCUGGCCAACCUGUCACUCGAGGAUCUGGAAUUCGAGGAUCUCGACGACUCAUGGACCGAGAAUGAGGAGGAAGUGAGAAGAGCCACCGAGAAUUGGUUGGGGUUGCCGACUCCUCCUAGGCGUUUGAAAAUGAUGUUGGAGACUAAAACUCCCCCAGCUACUUAUCAGCAGCAAUUGACGCACGCCUGGAAUUCUCAAGAUUGUUCUGAGAACAUCUACUUCAAGCCGAAAUGCCCUCUCACAUGCUUUCGAUCAUUACCAACCGGAGCAUCCGAUGCCGUUAGAGGAAAAGUUGGAUUUAAUCAAGGAAUCCACUUUUGGGCAAUUCAAUGGCCAAUCGAACUUCGUGGCUUCCACCCUAUGGUGGGCGUUGCGACAAAAGACGCCCCUCUAAAAAGCGAAGGAAUCAAUGCGAUCGUGGGGAGUAACGAUCAGUCCUGGGGUUGGAACCUCGAAACCCUGACACUACGUCAUAUUUGCAACAUGGGUGCUGACUAUCCUGCUGUAAUACCAUCCGAUGAGUUUGAAGUGCCUGAGAGUUUUGGUGUUGUCCUGGACAUGCAUGAGGGGACCCUAGGUUUUGUCAUGCAUCUGUAUGGGGAGACACGUUACCUGGGGCAUGCCUUCACUGGACUACGGGGGAAAGUGCUGUUCCCCAUCAUCAGCACCAGCUCAGUACCCUGUCAAAUAACGAUGACGUACAUCGGUGGCUUGGACUCGGAACCUCGGUCAUUGAUGGAGCUGUGCAGAACUGUGGUGAUACAGUCUAUUGGAAAUGUCCACUUAGAGGACAAAGUACAAAAGCUGUACUUGCCACGCAAGAUCGCUGAGUAUCUGCUAGACCAUCCAUAAUCGAGGACCACGUCUAACAGAUUUCAGUCCUUGCCUGGUCUCGACACAUGCAUGUGUAUAUUUAUACUAUAAUUUUAUUAAUAUAUAGUUAUUACCUUUUAUUAUUCUUGUAUUAAAUCGGUGACGGUUAUCAUAGGGGACAGAUUACAAAAUCUAUCAUGAUUUUAAUAAUAAUACUCGUAUAUAGCUAUUUAUAACUCAUGAUUUUUUAAUAUAGAUCACUUGCAUCUUAUUUUAUACUUAUAUUUAAUAGGAGGAGUGGAUUAUGAAAAUACAUUUUUAAUUUUCUAUUUCAAAUUUAUUUUACUGUUAAUUGUCCAUGGUUAGUUAGUGAUAUUAUUGAUACAUUUUUAUUCUUUGUGGUUUUAGUAUACUAUGCAUGUGAAAGAAUAGCUGACACUAGAGUAAGUUGACAUAUGACGGGCAUAUUUUUAUUUCCUUCACACGAAUAGUAUAAUUUUUAUAGCAUGUUUGUUUAAGAAUAGUUCUUUACCAUAUGUGUUUCUACUACUGUAAUACUAAUAGUAUGAUUGUUUAGUUUUUUAGGCUCAUCAUAUAUAGCUACUUACCACUAAUAAUUUAUACGAUGUUGAUUACUUUCAUAUUACUUUAUACUUGUAUUAAAUCGGUGACGGGUAUCAUAGAGGACAAUAUAUAAAAGCUGUAUUAUGAUUUUAUUAAUAAUAUUUAGCUACUUAAAAAUAUUCAAAUAUUUUUUGUUCUUUAAUGCUUGUUUUGUAUAGUUUUGUGUUUUCCCUAGAUUAAGUUUAAUUGCUAUUAACUACUUUUUUAAAUAUGAAUUAGGCCUAUUCCUUUUUUGUUUAUUUCGUAGCUUAAUGACAAUUAAUGUUAUUUCCUUGGUUAUAAUGAUUUGCAAUUGAUUUGUUAUUUCCAUGUUUACAAAACCAUUCUAAUAAGAACGGGAAAUUAAAAAUAUUUGUACUUUUGAAACCUGAUUUAUUAUUUUUAGUAUCGACUGUU